AAUGCACCAGCCGCCUCCAGCUCCAGCAGCAGGAGCAGCAGCCGCCGCAGCUGCGAGUGCGCGCGUGUGGGUGUGAGGGUGAGUGCGCUGGCGCCGGCCGCAGCGCCCUGCCCAGCUCCCCGCCGCCUCCCGUAGCCCCCGCCUGCCGGAGCCGCCCUCCCGUGGGACCAGCACCCUCCUCCCGGCCAGGCAAGCCUGGAUCCUGCCCCUUCCAUCUCGCCACUGCAGCUUGGGUCCGGAAAGGCACCAUUUUGUCGCGCGGCUGCCAGCUCUCCCAGGGGGAGGAGGGAUCUUUUUUUUUUUUUUUUGCUUUUUGGAGCGGCUGCCAACGAGGGGAACCUGUUGGGCAUCUCCCCUGCCCCGCUUGUGAGCGCCUCCGGGGCGGGCGGGCGGGGACCAGACCCCUCGGGGCACAGCGCAUCUUGGCACCAGGAGGCAGCGGAGGCAGGCGCAGCAUCCUCGCUGGGAAUUGGAGCUGAAGUGAGCGCACCGCGCGGGAGGAGCCGCUGCCGCCUCGGAGAACCCGAGUGGAGGAGGUGACAGCUCCAUUGCCGGGUUUUUAUUUUUUUUUUUCUCUCCGCCUCCCCGUCUCCUCCUCAGGCUCGGACCAUGGUGCAGUCCCACUGGCUCCCCUGCCCCCCUCUCCUGUGAGACUGGCUGCGGGGAGGGAUCAUGGAUACUUGUCUGCCGGCUUCUGGUUCCCACGCAAGUAAGCCUGCUGUCAAUGGAGGAGGACAUUGAUACCCGCAAAAUCAACAACAGUUUCCUGCGCGACCACAGCUAUGCGACCGAAGGAGCCAAGGGAGAACCCAAGACAGACUAGUGGCCCAAUAAUGAAGCAUGAAUUGCCUAGAUGAAAGCAUCCAUGGAAAUAAAGCUGACAUUAUCUCUACGGUAGAAUUCAACCACACGGGAGAACUACUAGCGACAGGGGACAAGGGGGGUCGGGUUGUAGUGUUUCAGCGAGAGCAGGAGAGUAAAAAUCAGGUGCAUCGUAGGGGUGAAUACAAUGUUUACAGCACAUUCCAGAGUCAUGAACCUGAGUUCGAUUACCUGAAGAGUUUAGAAAUAGAAGAAAAAAUCAAUAAAAUAAGAUGGCUCCCUCAGCAGAACGCAGCUUACUUUCUUCUGUCUACUAAUGACAAAACUGUGAAGCUGUGGAAGGUCAGUGAGCGCGACAAGAGGCCAGAAGGCUACAACCUGAAAGAUGAGGAGGGCCGGCUCCGGGACCCCGCCACCAUCACGACCUUGCGGGUGCCUGUCCUAAGACCCAUGGACCUGAUGGUGGAGGCCACCCCACGAAGAGUGUUCGCCAACGCACACACAUACCACAUCAACUCCAUAUCCGUCAACAGCGACUAUGAAACCUACAUGUCUGCUGAUGACCUGAGGAUUAACCUAUGGAACUUUGAAAUAACCAAUCAGAGUUUUAAUAUCGUGGAUAUUAAGCCGGCCAACAUGGAGGAGCUCACAGAGGUGAUCACAGCAGCUGAGUUCCACCCCGAUCACUGCAACACGUUCGUGUACAGCAGCAGCAAAGGGACAAUCCGGCUGUGUGACAUGCGGGCCUCAGCCCUGUGUGACAGACACACCAAGUUUUUUGAAGAGCCGGAAGAUCCAAGCAACAGAUCAUUUUUCUCUGAAAUUAUCUCUUCAAUUUCGGAUGUGAAGUUCAGCCACAGUGGGAGGUAUAUCAUGACCAGGGACUAUCUGACCGUGAAAGUCUGGGAUCUCAACAUGGAAAACCGCCCCAUUGAGACUUACCAGGUUCAUGACUACCUCCGCAGCAAGCUGUGCUCCCUCUAUGAAAAUGACUGCAUUUUUGAUAAAUUCGAGUGUGUAUGGAAUGGGUCAGACAGUGUCAUCAUGACCGGCUCCUACAACAACUUCUUCAGGAUGUUCGAUCGAAACACCAAGCGUGAUGUGACCCUUGAGGCCUCGAGGGAAAACAGCAAACCCCGGGCUAUCCUCAAACCCCGAAAAGUGUGUGUGGGGGGCAAGCGGAGAAAAGAUGAGAUCAGUGUCGACAGUCUGGACUUUAGCAAAAAGAUCUUGCAUACAGCUUGGCAUCCUUCAGAAAAUAUUAUAGCAGUGGCGGCUACAAAUAACCUAUAUAUAUUCCAGGACAAGGUUAACUAGGAGGACAAGUUAUUACUUAAUCUCACAUACUGAAUACUAGUCAAAUGAGUUUUUAAAUGUUUCUUUGGGUCUUCAUUUGAUGCAUUGACUUUAAUUUCCCUAUGCAUAAAAUAAUUGGAAUAGAAUUAAAAGGAGUUCAACUUUCCCAUGUUCCCAGUUCUAAGAAACGUUUGUCAAACCCAACAGGUUUGGGCCACUUCUGUUUAGAUUUGAGAGCUGCCAGCUAACAGUAAUUCUUCUAUAGUUGACUUGAAUUUCUGAUGCUUUGAUCGCCCAGUUUUUUCCCUCUGGUGGGUCCCGUGUUUUGUUUCUAGGUGUCUGCUGCGAUAAAAUGAGGUUGUCUGUAGUAUUUAAGGAGAAAAGAGAUCAGUUUUUUUUUAAUUAAGCAAUUCCAUUUGAUUGAAAACGACACAUAAUAAACUGUUUACUCCUA